AAUGUUCGACAUGUGGCAUGAGCGUACAUGACAAAUGUGUGCAAAAGAAUCAGGAGACUGCACUUUGUUUGUUGUGCAAAGUACAAACUGAAACAACAUCAGAAGAUAAAGAAAACAAACAAGCAGAGACCGACAAACACCAAGAUGAGGAAGUGGUGGAAAGAGAGAACAUCGACAAACAACUAGUUGAGGAAGCGGUGGAAAGAGAGAACAUCGACAAACACCAAGAUGAGGAAGUGGUGGAAAGAGAGAACAUCGACAAACACCAAGAUGAGGAAGUGGUGGAAAGAGAGAACAUCGACAAACACCAAGAUGAGGAAGCGGUGGAAAGAGAGAACAUCGACAAACAACUACCGGUAGAUGAGGAAGCGGUGGAAAGAGAGAACACUGACAAACACCUAGAUGAGGAAGUGGUGGAAAGAGGUAACAAAGACAAACACCUAAAUGAGGAAGUGGUGGAAAGAGGUAACAAAGACAAACACCUAGAUGAGGAAGUGGUGGAAAGGGGUUAAGCAAAUAAUUAUUCUCAGGGUGUAUUCACAUCAGGAAAGUCCAAUAGUUCACUUGCUUUGGUCCGGACCAAAUACAAUGUUGAUUUUUUUGGUUUGGUACGGUUCGCUUUCACAUUGCUCUUUUUGCUAGUGAAUCAAGAUUUGUAAACAGAAAGACGCGCAGCAGUAUCAGUACAAACAUGAAAAUAAAAAGUUAUUGUACUAGCAAAAUAACUACUUAUAUCUCUUAUAAUUGCUUGUAUACCAAAAAUUUACCUUCUGUGUUUCAAAGGUUUCCAACCCCUAAUAUCUUUGGUCUUGAUGAAAAAUUAUAUCUCUAAUAUUCCAAGGAAAAUUUGUUCAUCUAAAGAAUCCCAUUUAUGUUAAGCUCAUUUUGAACAGUUUUUUUUGUAGCUCUUUGUCAUCUUUUACAGAUGGCUUCCUUGUAGAAAGUGUUCUGAAAGUGUCAGACUUUCACCAGGCAAAGAGGUAAUGCAGCACGAUUAGUGUAGGAGAAAUUGUGACAUUGCACGCUACAUUUUACAGGCUACUUUCUUUCAGUCACCCAGUUUUUUUUACAUGCACACUGAUCUCAACCAAAGUUCUAUAGUCAAAAAUCAGAUAUGCCGCACACACAUUUACGUGACAUUUAGAAUCAAAUUUUGAUAAUUUUCUGCUUUUGAUGUUAAAACAGAAAUAGGCACAAACUACAAAUUUUAAGAUGCUGCAGUAAGAGCUGCUUUAAGAGUCUCUAGACCUUAAUUCUCUGCACUGAUUGAGGUAGGCAUGAAUGGACUCCUGGUCAACUUUUGAGUCACUGGGACAGACAAUAUAGUGGCCAGAUAAAAAAAUCUUUCUUUUUUAUACCUUAACUUCUGAAAUUUCUGGUCUAGAAACAAUAAUUUCCUGUUAUUCUUUUACAGUUACACAUUCAUCCAAAGCAACUUUCAUUGCAUUCCAGGUUCAAGUUAUUUAUCUUGUGCUUUUUUUAAAGUUUCCUAAAACUCUAAUUGUUUUUUUGCUACUCUUAAAUGGCAUCCAAUUCAUAAUCUGUGGUGCAGAUGUUGUAGAACUACACUGGACAGAAAUAUUGCAAUUCAUAGCCAUUUGGAUAAUUCAAUACCGUAAUUGUUUAAGAUGUUGGCUAGGCUUCCUCAGCUUUUUUUGUCAACUGUAUGGAGAUAACAGGUUACCUUACUGAGGCUGAAUAAUAAACUGUUGUGGUUUCAGAAUGUACAUUUAGUUAUGCGCUGUGUGCAUGGUUGGACUUUUGUCCUGAUCAAAAUUCUAAAGCUUCUUUAAUAUUACAGAUAUCUGGUCUCUACAAGUGAAUUAAAGCGGAGAUGCUCGCCACCUGAGUGUUAUUCCAGCAACACUGUGGUUUCUUAUUUGCGAAAAGCAAAGGCACAGAAAAAAAACAUAGAAGAAAAGCUGACUGGCAUGGCUGUGCAGCCCACCAAGCGAACCAAACUGACUUCCCUGUGCUCUAAACUGUGUGAAGAUGAAUGCAGUGAGCUGGUCAGUGAUGUAAUGUUCCUGGCAGCAAAGUUUACUCCACAAAGGAAAGUGGUCCAGGAAAUGUGUGAAAAUGAGGAUGUCCAUGAUGCAAUUUCCAAAACUGAAGCUUGCAGGAAGACCUUACAAACACUUCUGGCGACUUUAGGGAGAAACUGGGAGACAUUUGGACAGGCAACCCAUGGGCUUGGGCCUGGUUUAAUGGUGGGCACAUUCGAGUUCAUUGACUCAUGCCUCAAAGAGAAAGUUAAAACACUUAAAUCCUCUACAAAAGAUGUGAUCUAAGGUACAGUUGUUUAAUACCUUUCUGUUGUAAUAAUAUGCUGUGUUUU